UCGCUUACCUUGUUAUUAAUUUUGAACAAUCUGGAUUAAUUUCCGUGCUGCAAAGUAGAAUUGGACAAUUGAGAGCGGGUUAUAAUCACGAAACAAAACAAACCGCACCGAACAGGGGGUGGUUGUACGCAAGCUGAAAUAACGUAAACAAACCUGCAAGCAAGAAACUUAUACGGAUCUUGAGCAAACACGUUGUAUGUGCACACCUUGGAAGAAACGUCAAGCGUGCAAACGUAAACAAGUCGGUUGGCGCGAUUUAAAUGUUUACGUUUUCGUGAAUAAUCCUGUACGCCGCCCGUGUCGGUCCAAUUUGCUUGUUCUCGUUGUGCGUACUGUGUUUCGUCGUAUAAAGCUGCGUAAAAUGCCUCCGAAUCUUAUGCUAUCAGUGAUUAAACUAGGCCAGAAAAGGCAGAAUGAUGAGUUGAAAGAGUUGCUCGAAAAGCUGCCUUCCUCGCAACUAAUCGAUAUGGUUGUUUCGAACAUUGACUCCAUCGACGGGUACACGCUCUGGCACUUCACGCUGCUUGGGCUGGCCAGCUCGGACCGAUGUGCCGGCAAGCGGUUCGAGCUCGUAAUGGCCGUGCUGCAGCACUUGAACGUCGUUGAGCUGUCCACGAAGCAGGUGUUCGAUCUGAUUGCCCGUCUGCUGACCGAUUUGCCCUCACUGACGCCGGAACAGCUGGUCGAGAUCUGCGAACUGUGCAUCGAAUCGAUUCGGGCCGGCGAUCCCAAAUGUCUUACCUGGAAGCAUUUGCUUCCGCAAACGCUACUGCAGCUGUCGGGCAAUUCCGGUCGGCUCAAUGCCAACGGGAUGCUACUGACCGGUGCCGAAUACCGGCAGAAGGUGCUGGAGGAAAUCUUCAAGAUGAAGCUGCAGCUCGCCAUCCUGACGGCGCUGUGUGGCAUGUUUCGCGAUCUGACGCUCUCGAAGGACGAGACAAGCAUCUUUGUGACGAAAGUGUCGGACAGCCUGAAGAACAUCGAACCGUUGGAGCUUCCGCCGCUGGCAUGCCAGCUGUUUCACGUCUGCCUAAAGCAUCCGUCGCUGCUGGUUGUGCCGCUGAUGGCGCUGCAGAAGUACUUCCACAAAAACUACUACAAAAAGGUGCUGUCGAAUGAAAACAGCGAUACGACGGACUUUGAUAGUAUUGAUCGCUACUCUGAUAGCGAGAUCCGGGAGGCGGAAGAAACCAUCCUGUUCCAUCUCUCGAACGUAACCGAGUUCCGGGUCGACGAAGCGCAAACGGUGGCAAUGUUUAAACCGUUUCAAAACAACCCGGAAGUGCUGCUGACGCCCUUUCUGGUCGGGGCGCUGCUUGCGAUGAGCAAAAUUAACCGCCAACCGGACACCACCGAUGUCGUGUCCUCGCCCAUAAUGGCUUUCCUCAUCAAGCUGAUAGCGAUCAGCGAGCAGGAGCGAGAAAUGUGCAGCCAGUCCGCGUGGUGCCGUGGACGCAUCGAACCAUCCGUUAUAGCGCGCAUCGAUCAGCUGUUCAGUAUUCUGACGGAGAACAGCCAGGAGGGGAAGGAGGUGGUAACGCCCGGGCUUAUUAAUUUUGCUUUCGCGCUACUGCUCGCAAAAAAGCAACCGAAACUGCACGGCAUAGCGAUCAACUUCUUUCAGCUCUUCAUCAAGCGCCGCUUUAUCUUCGGCAGCGGGAUUAUUGCGAAAAUUAAAAAGUAUCUUUUUGCCGACCUGGAGGAAUCGCAGUUUAACACGUGCUUGACGACGCUCAGCUUAACGAACGCACUCACCGUGUCGGAGUGUACGAACACGAUACAAUUCAUCAUGGAUUAUUUGCUGCUGAUUAAUGGAACGCAUGCAAUGCGGUUUAUGGCAUUCAUCUUUCCGCUGCUGCGAAUUUCGCAUACAAUACGCGAUCGCUACAUCGAAGUGCUGCGGAAAGCGAUGUACAAUGGUGAAACUUCCACCCGUAUAAUGGGUGUGUUUGGGUUCUGUUCGUUGCUGAAGCAACUGAAAAACAAUAAUGCCCGCCGUUCGAUUAUGGGCAGCGGUGGUGGCAACUACACGCAGCUAACCAUCUCCGGCAUGUCGCUGCUCUCCCAGGCCGUCUAUGGAUCGCAGAACAAUCCGAACGUACAUUUCGACAUGCUAACGCUGGAAAUAAUGGGCAUGCUGCGAAAAUGCUUCACCCAAACGCUGGAGGUGCGGCAGAUGCUGUACGAAGCACUCGGAAGGGCCGUUGAGUUCAACACGCAGCUGCUGCCGCACGUGCUGCAGUUCAUUGACUGGCACUUUGAAACCUUUUUUGCAGAGAAUCCCAAAGAAUCGUUCCGCAUCGACUUUGACAAGUGCGUCCGGUACAAGGGUGAGAUGGGCGAGGACUACUAUUCCGCGGACGAACAGCGGCCCAUAGUGGUGUAUGACAAUGUGGGACGCUUGACAGCGUUCAUGGUGCACUGUGUGGUGCUUUGCGAUCAGCAUGACGUUCAGCAUGAUACGGGUGCGGUCCGGAGCACGUUGCAGCUUGUUGUCGAACGGAUCGAUAAUCUGAGCGUCGAUGAUCUGGGCAUAGCUGGUACGCUGGAUGCGAAGAGUCUGGUCAUUGCAACCCAAUACUUAAACAUGCUCGAAGCUGCGAUGGCAUAUUGCGCAUACAAAACGCAGCCCGACAACGUGCUGUUGCGCGAUUUCGUACGGCUGUUCAAACAUCAUCAACAUUGUGUUGAGAAAUUUAAGAAAAUGGAGCCGAAAAAAGGAAACAAAAAACAAAUUUCAGAAGCUUCAGCCAACGCAUCAACGUUGAACGCCUCUUCCAAGACAGGAAUUUCGUUUAAACCAGAAAAUAUUUGGGACUUGGCCACUGUUGAGAGAAUGCUCCACAUUUCGCUUGAUACCAUGACCAAUUACGGCAAGGAAGAAGAUCUAAAAAUAUUCCGCGGCAAUCGCGAUCUGCAGCAGUACAUACUGAAGAUUGCGUGCCAAAAGCUGGAAAGCUUGCGCUCCAUGCCGGACUAUUGGCAGGUGAACCAUAGCAAACGCAUAUUUGGCCAUUUGGCCGAAUGCACAAAGCUGGUGUACGAUCGUUGCAUCAAGAAAACGACCGAGCUGAUCGGUAACGGUGGCCUCCUGGUAGCACAAGCCGCCGUAGAAUGCUUCCGGCAGGGUCUUAUCUCGGCCGUCGAGCUAUAUGAACGGAAGUUCAACGAUUUUCUGCAGCUGAUAUGUUGCACGAUUGGACCAUCCUUCAAGAAAGAGUUGUUUGCGCAACUGCAAACGAUCGUAGACGAAUGCUUCAAAGAGGGAUCCGAACCGGAACCGAUCGGGGAGAAAAUCGUCGUGGGUUUGCUGCAGUGCCUCGAGCUGCUGUACAAAUCGUCCGUUGCUAAUCAAGACCACCUGGCGCAGGGGUACGAUUGGUUGCAAAAUUUCUGCAUCAACACCAAGCUGAAGCAGAAAUCGUUUGCUAUCAUUCAUCGGCUGUUGUUUGAUUUGCGCAUUCGCACACAAACGGGAGCGUACUUUGAUUCGAUAGCGAUGCGUUUGGAGCUUAAGUUUGGCCAGAUUGCAGCAGAAGAGACGAGCCCGCUGUUUUACUUUAAAUCGAUCACUUCCGCCACGGCCGAACCGACGUUCCACUAUCUGUGUGCGAUCUUUCGGCAGCAGUUGGAAGAAAUCGAGCAUCUGAUUCUGCGCACCAAUAGUCUUAUGAUACGUUUGAAAGUGUUUGGAUUGGACGAUACGGAUGAGACAUCCCAACUGCUAAAGUCCAUCGAACGAUCGAUCUGCUCUCAGUUGGUGCACAUUCUCGGAUCGCUGACACAUUUGUGCAAUGCAAAUUUGCCUCUCGGAGCGACGAUGGAUGCGCUGAUCAAACUGUUGCUUUCGGUUUACGGGUGUCUGGCCAACUUAAGCAAACAUUUUCUGGCUCGCCACGCAAUUGUACCGAUUUCUUACGACGUUACUAAGUUUAAUUUAGUGGUGAAAUCAUCCAAACCACUUGCUUCAAAGAUUUACGACCUGAUUCCAUUCGUCGAGGAGAACAUUAUCGGGCAGGACGAAGGGGACGAACCGGUAAACUCGGCGAAAGCGAAAUCAAACCGCGAUAAGGUGCUGCGGCAGACAAAACUGAUCCCCAAGCUGGUGUUUCGCAUUGAAACGUUCAACAAAAUCGUGAUGCAGCUGAGCAAGAAAACGAAGAAAGAUUUAACCUACCUGCUGCACAUGGGCACGGUGCGCGAUUUUCGCAUCAAAACGUCUGCACUGGUAGAGGCCAUCCAGCGGACAGUGACGGACCGAACGGAGAUGGACGAGGACGAGGAAGCAGUUGAACCACAGCUGGACCCGGACAACGCCGACGACGAUGAUGAUGAUGGUGAAGGAAGCAUCAAUCAUACGGCCUGUUCGAAUCGUUCAGAGGUUACGGGUGCCGUCAAGCAAACGAGAGCUAACAAAACGUCCCUGAGUGCGGAAGCGCUGGCGUUGAAAAAUUUAGCCAAACUUAACGAACGCACCAGAAAGGCGGCGAAAAAACGUGCCUUGGAGCACGCAAGUGAAGAGGUGGAAUUGGACCCACCGGUGGCGAGUAAAAAAGCCAAAGCGGGCAAUAGGAAGGCAGCAUCGGGCUCGAAAAUAAACAAACGUGCGCUGGAGGACGCUGGUGCCGUACAGAAUGUGGAAAAUGUGGAGCCUGGCGUGCAGCCUGUUGCGCGAACACGUACGCUAGGGUUGCCAAGGCGAAGCGCUAGAAAAAAUGAUACAUAAUGAAGAUGGAAACAUAGAAUGGCACAUUGUGCUACAAAAUCCAUGGCACAAGGUAACGAAUAAAUGGAAAAUUGAACUUCUAGAUAUGUUCAAAAGAAUUAAAAAAAAAAUAUCGAAAAACUCGUAACUAUGUGUGACAAAGUAUACAUACGUAAGUAUACAUGUGGCAGUAAUGGGCAUUUCAUAAUAAUCAUACAAUUGUAUUUAUCCGUUCUUGGUUCUUUAUUACGAUGAAGAUGAAACUAAAAUGAGAGUAGGCAUAAUUUACAGGAGUAAACCUGAACCCCUGUAACAGUUGACAGGUUACUUUAGUAGUAUUAGUAAGGAUCGAUCUUGCCCAAUACUUAAAACAAACCCUGCCAAACACUAAUGUACUCUGUUACGCUAUUAGAAUGGUAUCUGUUAGUCUGAUGCUGUUGGUGUAAUUACAAUACACCGAUAAAACUAGGCUAAAGUUCUUGUACACAUUGACAACACUGCGUUAUAAUCUCUAUACUGUCAGCACUGUGGCACCAUAGAGACGAUCUUUGCAGGAGCUUGUUGUGCCUUACAGGUCGAAUUUACCCUCGGACUGUGCUGUGCGUGCCAAAUAAUUUCGCUGUGUAAAAUAUACGAAUAAUCCUUAAAAAAAAGCCAACAAUGAGUGACGCGGUGUGCAGAUUGUGUUUGCGUGACGUCGAUCCAGACGAUAGUGGCUCCUCCGUAUUGGACGCAGCAUUCCAAAAGGCACUUGCAGCUGUGUUUAGGUUUAAGAUAAAGUUCAAUGAGGAUUUACCUGAGUACACCUGCAAGCAAUGUUCGUGGAACGUAUUAGAUUUUCACAGCUACAGCGAGAUAGUGAAAAACAAUCAGGAAAAGCUUCUCCAGGAUACGUUGCAAACGAAUCGAUCAAAUAACACCUUCACCGAAGACUCCUUCGAAGGCUUCGAAGAUCAGGGUAUAGAAGAAAAUGGACUAGAAAAAUCAAGCUCAAUGAAAACGGUUGAAGAAAACGGUCACAUUGUUUCCGAUAAGAAGCGGGAUCUGGACCACAGUGAAAUAACGAGCGAAUAUCUGAUGGACUGUGAAACAACGACAAGCCUAGUGGAUGGUGCUGCUGACAAACUUUGCUCGGUUCUAGUGUGUGAAGAGUUCAUAAUCUCUAAUCUAAAUAAUGAAAACGAUUCAUCGAACAGCGAUACAGUCGAAACACCCAUCGAAAGGGAUAUCCUUACUGCCGAUGACCGUUUGAUACUAGCGGGUGAUGGCAAUGAGGAACGUGAAAUUCAUGACGCAAAUGCAAAACGAAAACGUGUAAAUAGUCCUAAAGAUAAGGAUACUGCCUCGGCAACAAACGGUUUGAAAUUACAUCAAGAACCGUCGGCUUGCAAAACUGACGAAUCGUACGCCUGCGAAGAUUGUGGAAAAACAUUCGAAACCAAAUGGCAAUCUGAAUAUCAUAGCCAGAAGCAUCAUACCACCGUAAAGUGUCCCUGUUGCAACAAGUCUAUACUGGCGAAGGAACUUAAUUCACACAUACUGACCCAUCAGCGAGACUUUCGGUGUAGUUUAUGUAAAAAUAAUUUUUUAAGCAAAUAUGCGUACCGAAAACAUGUCUGUGAAUCUGUGUAAAAUGGGUGAUGCUAGCAAGGGAGUUUGUUGAGACUCGUUUUUUUAUUAAAAACUUGAAAAGUAAAAUAAAAUUUUGUAUGUAACGAGUAGGCAAGCGGACGGAUAGCACCGUA